CCUCAGGUUACAUCAGCCAGUUGGGGUUUGUAGUCCCUACAGAGAAAGAAAAGAGACUAUAAUUGCCUUUUCUUUAAUGUACCCUUGUUGGAACCGGACAUGGUGAUUUGUAGGAUGCUUUAUUUGUGUGUCCUUGUGUCACAGAUGUCUUUUCUAGUUUGAGCAUCUCUUCCUGCUUUUCCUCCCACAGCCGUUUACUGUCAUGGUAGAAGCAGAUGAAAUCUCGAAAGUUAAAAUAUGAGUAAUCCGCUUUUUGUUUUGAUUUGAUGGCGGUGACGUCACUGCACGCAGCUGAGAGGGACAGGGGGCAAACACACAAUCUAAAGAAAGGACAACAACGCUGAUUUAAAAACACUUAGCUACGAUGAUGGUGGCGGCAGAAAACGACGACGACGAUGAUGAUGAUGAUGAUGACGACAACGAUGGGGAUGAUUUCCUCCGCCGAGGGGGAGGAUCCAUCGACGUAACGCACCCAUCGCUCUUCCUCCUUCAGCCGCGGUGCAGCAGCAGUGAGUCCGCAGCCCGGAGGUGUCCAGCGGGGGGGUCUCGGUAGAACGACGCGCCGCUCACAUCUCCUCCGAAGGCGACACGGCCCUUCGGCGUGAAGCUCUCUCCGGUCGGUGGUGAAGGCGUCGCGGGAUGAGCAGCAUGAGGCACGGGCCCACGCGGGCGAAGAGCCGGCGAUCCGAGGUCAACCUCGGCGCGGAGAAGGAGCAUUUUGACAAGCAGCAGCUGAGCAGCAUCAGCAAGGCCAUCAACUCCUCCGAGAUGCCUGUGAAGGAGAAGCAUGCGCGACGAAUCAUCCUGGGGACCCACAGGGAGAAAGGAGCCUACACCUUCUGGUCCUACGCCCUCGGCUUCCCGCUGGCCAGCAGCUCCAUUCUCAGCUGGAAGUUCUGCCAUGUAUUACACAAGAUCCUGCGGGACGGACACCGCAAUGUUCUACAGGACUGCAUGAGGCACCACAGCUCUUUGGUGGAAAUCGGGAAACUAUGGAGGGACCUCCAUGACAAAUAUGGACAGCUGGUAGUUCUGUACACCAGGCUGCUUUGCACAAAAAUGGAGUUUCAUAUGAAGCAUACAGAAAUCCCACCAAACCUGGAAGCCACCGAUGAACUCCUGGAGCGCACUGCAGGAAGCGACAUCAAUAAUGUCUUCCAGCUCACAGUGGAGGUGUUUGAUUACUUGGACGCAGAGUUGAGGCUGGCUGAGACAGUGAUGCGACAACUCAACACAUCCAUCGCAAUCUCCACUCUCACAUCAGGCCAGUGUCGGCUGUCUCCACUCAUUCAAGUUGUGCAGGACUGUAGUCACCUCUACCACUUCACUGUCAAGCUGCUGUUCAAGCUGCACGCCUGUCUCCCCGCUGACACCUUACAAGGACACCGUGAUCGUUUCCAUGACCAGUUCCACAGCCUGAAGACCUUCUUCAAUAAAGCCAGAGACAUGCAGUACUUCAAGAGGCUGAUCCAGAUCCCCAAGCUGCCUGAUUCCCCACCCAACUUCCUGCAUGCAGCCUCGCUGGCUAAGCACGUGAAGCCCGUGGUGGUCAUCCCCGAGGAGUACGGAGCAGAGCAACAGGAGGAUGACGAUGAUGACCCCGAGCCGCUCAUCGAGGUCAGCGACGUCUCCACAUCCAGCCUACAGGCGCAGCCGCAGCAAUUCGACAUAUUCGACCAGACGUUUGGACCUCCAAACGGAGGCUUCGAUGAUCGGGAUCUCCAGAUUGAGAGCUACAAGCAGGACAUGGAGCUACUGAGAGCAGAGCUGGAGAAAAUCAAAGCAGAGGCCCAGCGCUACGUCACACAGCUGAAGUCUCAGAUCAACAGUCUGGAGGCCGAGUUGGAGGAGCAGCGGGCCCAGAAGCAGCGUGCGCUCGUGGAGAAUGAGCAGCUGCGCAUGGAGCUGGAGGCGACGCGGCGCCGGAACGCAGAACACGAGAGCACUCAGGCCGUGUUCGUUGAAGCCGAAAGCAGGGCGCAGGCCACUGAGCAGCGCUACAACAAGCUGAAGGAGAAGCACACGGAGCUGGUGGCCAGCCACGCCGAGCUGCUCCGGAGGAGUGCAGAUACUGUGAGGAUGCUAUCUGCAACCCAGCAGACCCAGGAAGAGGUGGAGAGGACCAAAAUGCAGCUGGCGUUUGAGGUUGAUCGAAUUAAACAGGAAGCUGACAUGAAGCUGGAUGAAAAGAAGUUUGAAAUGGAGAAGCUGAGGAGGGAGCUGGAUGAGAAGAUGGCAGAAGUGAUGCGCAUCAGAGGCACUCUGAAGGACCGCGAGAAGACGUCGGACCAAAUGAACAGCUCGGUGACGGCUCUGCAGGCGGAGAAGGAGCGUCUGAUGCGAUCUGUGAGCGAGAAGGAGGCGGAGCUGUCGACUGUGCGGCAGACUGCGCAGGUGCAGCAGUCGUCACUUCAGCAGGAGCGCGAGAGGAGCAGCAGGGAGCUGGGAGAGCUGCAGGGCAAACUGCAGGAGAAGACGGGCCUGGAGGAGCAGCUGAAGCAGAAGCUUCUGCAGGAUCAGUUUUCCAUGCUGCAGGGCACCGUCACCGAGGCGGAGAACAUCAUCCAAGACGCUGUUGCAAAACUCGAUGAUCCCCUUCAUAUACGCUGCACCAGCUCUCCAGAUUACCUGGUCAGCCGGGCGGAGGCGACGCUGGGCUCCGUGGACAAAGUGAAAAGGGGCCAUGCAGAUUAUCUGAGUAACUUGGGCGAUGCUGGGGGGCUGCUGAGGGCUCUGACCCAGUUCUCCCACUUGGCUGCGGAUACGAUCAUUAAUGGCAGCGCCACUGCACACAUGGCACCCCCUGACCAUGCAGACCGACUGACGGAGAACUGUAGAAGCUGCGCCACGCAGAGUCUGGAGUUCUUCAAGGACCUGAAGUCCAAGAACACCCUCCAAAAGGCAGACACGGCCUCCAUUCGAGUGAUUGUCCAAAAGAUCCUCCACUUGGGUCAGGAGCUGAGACCAAAGGGCAUGGACGUGCGUCAGGAUGAGCUUGGAGAUCUGGUCGAUAAGGAAAUGGCUGCAACAUCAGCAGCUAUUGAGGAGGCUGUCCGCAGGAUUGAUGAAAUGAUGGAUCAGGCGCGAAAGGACACAUCAGGAGUGAAACUGGAGGUCAAUGAAAGAAUCCUCAACAGCUGUACAGACCUGAUGAAGGCCAUCCGCCUGCUGAUCAUCUCCUCCACAGACUUGCAGAAGGAGAUAGUCGAGGGUUCGAGGGGUGCAGCAACCAUCAAGGAGUUCUACGCCAGGAACUCUCGCUGGACUGAGGGGCUGAUCUCUGCCGCCAAGGCUGUGGGGUGGGGCGCCACGGAGAUGGUAGAGUCUGCUGAUAAAGUCGUGCUGCAUACGGGAAAAUACGAAGAGUUGAUCGUCUGCUCCCACGAGAUCGCCGCCAGCACCGCGCAGCUGGUCGCUGCCUCAAAGGUUAAGGCGGAACGCAACAGCAAGAGGCUGUCGGUUCUGCAGCAGGCUUCUCGCCAUGUCAAUGAAAUGGCAGCAAACGUGGUGGCCUCAACAAGGACGGGUCAGGAGCACCUGGAGGAGAAAGAAACCAUGGACUUCUCUGGGUUGUCCGUCAUCAAGUUGAGGAAAGAAGAAAUAGAGUCACAGGUGAAGUUGCUGGAACUGGAAAGUCAGCUGGAGAACGAGCGGCUGCGUUUGGGGGAGCUGAGGAAGAAGCACUACGAGUUGGCCGGAGUUCCCUUGGAUGCGGUUUCUGAGGGGGGCGGGGACACGGCACUGAUGGACCGUCCCGUCACCAUGUCGCCAAAACCCAGCAAGCCGGCGCUCAUCAAGAAACCCACGCUGGCCCAGAAACCCAACAUCCCACCCAAAACCAUGUUUAAGUGAGGCCUGAAGACAACACGCCAGCCCUGAUGGAUGGUUGGAUCGACUUGCUGUGCCGAGUGAACGUGUGAAUCCUUUAAGUUACACGCAGACAAUCGUCUCCCUCGUUCUGCUGCUUUUCCUUCCUCCUUUUUUCUUUUUUCUUUUUUGCCAAAAUGGAUCAUAAGACUUAUUUUCUGACCCUCAAUGCCUGUUACGAUUGUGUUUUAUUUAUCACCCUUUUAUAAAAAGGCACAUGCUGUCUAGGCUUUUUUUCCAAUUUUAUUAUUUUCUAUCAAUAAUAAAAUAAUAUUUUACUUUAGGCUGGAUUUCUUUUUUGCAUCACAACGAUUUUAAAUGACGAUGUGCUGCUUUUAGAAUAGAAACCUCAAUAAUAAUAAAUAAUCACCACAAAUUGACAGCAUAUAUUGUAGUUUGUAAGUUUUCAUCACGCUUUGGACAACCUCUUUGAACACUUUUUAAUGUUCAUGACUGAGCACCUUUUCGUGUACACUUUUUGCUAUUUAUGUUUUGGUGGAAGGAAACCUGCGAAUCAGGUGUUGUGUGUCCACGUUGCUACAAAACUUUAUUUACUAUAUUACUUAAUUCCAGCAUUUGCCUUCAUGGUGGACAAUUUUCCUUUUUAUGUGCAAAACGUCUUUCUUUCUUAACCGUACAAGAUUGUCUCCGAGGCCUUGGAAUGUACUACACUGAUACAUCAAGUUGUACCUGUUAAGAUGUACAGUCUGUAUGUACCACUCACACUAAGUAUCGUGUGUGUGUGUGUGUGUGUGCGCGCUCAAUUAUUGGAUGUAGGUGUCUUAAUUGUCAAAUUAUUUUCAGCUAAAUGAAGCUUUAGGGUAAGUUAUUGUAUAGUAUGAAGGCUUAAGGUCAAGCACUCUCUGCCUUUGGGAGCCGUUCAUAAAGGGUCUUAAAAUUCCUUUUAAAGUUCUUUCUUUUCCUCUGUAUUACAUUUCUUUAUACAGAUCUAUUAAUAUAUUUUAGUAAAGGUAGUUUCACCUUAAGAAGUGUACAUGUCAAACAGAUGAACAAUAAAUGUGUAAGUGUCCCUCAGUGUAA